UACAAUUACAAUAACAAUUAUGUAGUGCAAAAAAGACGCGUUGCGAAUCUUCAAGUAUCUCCAACGCUCGAUUGCCAUUUGGCCAUUAGUUAGCAAUUACAAUUGCAUUUGUGAUGUACUAGAAAUCUAUGAGUGCAGAGGUGUUUGUUUGUCUAUACUCCCUCAAACCCUCUCCAAAGUAAGGUAUUAAAAUGUUGUGUGUAGUCUUUGGAUUAGCACUUGCCGGGGCCGCUGUGGCAAGCGAGGAUACGCAGGUUGAGUAUCCAUAUUGCUUUCGCUUCACCUGGAUCGGACCCUAUCAGGAUAAGCAGCAUAUUGCCGGUUUGACUUGUGAGCACUUGCGUGAGGACUUCAAGAAUGUGCCGUGUCGACGGCCACUGGUGGCAACAGAUAAUGAUGCCAUACCGGACACAAUUGAUUUGUGGCGUCAACAUCACAAACAGCCGAACACUUUCGGUUGCCCCUUGGUACCUGGUGAGGCGUGCGUCAAAUACACAUACACCUACAAUAAGGGAGUGCAAAACAUCACAUAUAUGUGCGCAAAAUCGAACGCGACCUACGGUUGCUAUCGCCAGAAGUUCAUUUCCGGUUUGGAGGUUGAAGUGUGUCUCUGUAAAUCAGAGCUGGGGCAUGUGCCCUGCAAUCACGCGACGAUUUCAAUGCACAAUUUACUCAAAAGCGGCAUUUUGUGGCUCAUUGUAGGCGGUUUUUCACUCAUUUGGCUUUAAUAUAGGUGGCAACACUGUACAAAUUUUCGAGUUUUUAUCACUAAUAUUAGAUAAAAUAUGUAAGGUAGUGUAAGUACGCGCGGAAUUAUGCAUUAAAUACAAUCGCAAAUUGUAAAAAAUUAAGGAUUUGGGAUUAUUUUGAGAUAAAGUUUUCGAGAAAGUGAGACAGUAUUUGAUUUUUGGCGUAGUUAUGGACCGAUUGGAUUUCAACAGACCUUGUGUUGUGGCUCUUCCUAUUUUAUAUUUUACGUUACUUAUUCAACGGUAUAUAACCUAUAAAGUCAAUUGGAGAGAAACCCAUUUAAUGCUUUAAAUGGGGUCCACGGCAAAAUUUGGACCCUUUUGAUCUAUUUUGAUCCGAAAAGACAUUAAGGAAGUCCAAUUUCCUCACAUAGUUUUAUUUACUUUCUAACAUAUUUUCCUGUAAUACAUAUAGGGAGUAAAAUCAAGCGGAUGUUGCAGAAUCUCUUUAUUUAUAUAUAUAUAGUAGCUAUGGGAAGACUUGGGCCGAUUUGAGCAAUUUUCAGUCACAAGAGACAUUAUAUAAAUUCUGAUAUUCUCACCUAGUUUCAUUUGUAUAAUGAACAUAUUUACCGAUCUAUACGAAAUAAAAUUAACCGGAAGAAUAAAAACUUGUUUUGAUAUAUGACAGCUACCGGAAAACGUAGACCGAUUUGAGCUAUUUUUGGCUGCAAAAGACAUUAUAGGAAUUCAAACCGAAUCACCGAAUUUCAUGCAGAUAAUUCAAAUAUUUACCCGAUAUAUGAGCUAUAAAACCAGCUGGAAGUAAAAAAGCAUUUGAUGCGGUAUAUGGGGGCUGGGGGAAGAUAUGGACUAAUUAUAAUGAUGGAUAUGUUUUUGGUAGCAAAAGGUAUUAUGGGAAAUCUAACAAUUUCAGACAGUUUCAUUUAUAUAUCUCUCCUAUUUGCCGACAUAUACAGCAUAACCGGAAGGCGAAAAAUCAUUUUUUUAUGUGUGCAAGAUGAAGGUAUAGACCGAUUUCAUCCGUUUUUGAGACCAGAUCUCAUUAUACUAAGUAGAUCAUUUUCACUCAAUUUUGUUAUGAUAUCUCAUGUAUUGACCGAUAUAUACGGUAUAAGAUUAAGAUUAAGUAAAUAAAGGCCGAUUUCUCUCAUUUUCGUUACCAAACCACGGUAUUCGUAAAUAAAAAAAUAAAUAAAUAAAAAUAGGUAAAUAAAGCUUGGUAUGAAAAGCUUGAAAAGCUGGCCGACAUGGGUAAUGCUCGAAAAUUUUAUGAAAAGAUGAGGCGAUUAACAGAAGGUUUCAAGACCGGAGCAUUAUCAUGUAGGGACCGAGAAGGUAAUCUGGUAACGGAUGUCCAGAGCACACUGGGAUUAUGGAGGGAACACUUCUCCGACCUGCUCAAUGGCAGUGAAAGUACAACACCAGGAGAUGGCGAACCCGAUUCCCCAAUCGAUGACGAUGGAAUAGAUUUU